GUCUGAGCACAAAACACUAGGAAAGCUGUGGCAGCGGCAGUGGAACUUUGAGCCAAAACAACGUAAAAAAUAACCCAAACAAACAAGACCACUGCACUGUUUCCUCCCAUGAUGGACCCAGUGCGGAAAAACCCAAUGUUGGCCGUGCCCCUGCUGCUUUUGCUUCCCCUCACGCUUGUCUUCACAACAAAAGUCAGCCAAGUGUCUGCGACCGGCAGCGGCGGGAAGAUCCUGGUGUUUCCCGAGGAUGGCAGCCAUUGGGUGAACAUGCAGGUGAUCCUCCGCGAGCUCCACUCCAGGGGUCAUGACCUCACCGUAGUGCGUUCCAUCCGCAGCUGGUACAUCCGCGAGAUUCCGGAAUUCUACACCUCCGUUAACGUAGACCCUCCGCAGUCCGAGAGCUUCACCGCCGAGAUGUUCGAGGCCCUGCUCCAGCGCUCGCUGCAGCUCCAGCGGAUGACCUGGCUGCGCUACUUCUUCGAGCAGCAGCUCGACAUGGCUUUCACGCUCCGCCUCUUCCACGCCAACACCCUGCAGAUGAUCUCCGCCAUCCUCGAGGACGCCGCACUCGUCGCCAGGCUCCGCGCCGAGCGCUUCGACCUGGUGCUGACCGACCCGGCGUUCCCCGCCGGCGUCCUGCUCGCCAACUACCUGGACCUGCCGCUGGUCUACAACGUGCGCUGGCUCAACACGGGCGACGCCCACAUGGCACUGGCGCCGCACCCGACGUCGUUCGUGCCCAUGUACAACUCUGUGCUGCCCGACCGUAUGACCCUCUGGCAGCGUGCUCGCAACUUCCUGCGCUACGCGAGCAGCACGCUGCAGGAACGCUACGUCCUGCUUCCCAUCUACGACGAGCUCCUCGCUCGCCACUUCCCGCCGGGCGCCGAGCUGCUGGCGAUGCAGCGCAGCGCGGACAUCUGGCUGAUGCGCAUGGAUUUCGUGUUCGACUUCCCUCGGCCGACCAUGCCGAACUUCGUGUACAUCGGCGGGUUCCAGUGUCGUCCGCCGCAGCCGUUGCCCGGAGACCUGGAGGCGUUUGUGCGGAGCUCUGGGGAACACGGCGCGAUCGUAAUGUCCAUGGGGGCGCUGAUCGCGACCUUGCCCAAGGACGUCGCGGAGGUCAUUGCGGCGGCGUUCGCCCAGCUACCCCAAAAGGUCAUUUGGAGGUACAUGGGUGAGCGUCCGACGACUCUGGGGGACAAUACCAUGCUGGUGGACUGGUUACCCCAAAACGAUCUGCUGGGUCACCCCAAAAUGCGGGUGUUUGUGUCACACGGGGGAACCAACGGGGUGUACGAGGCCAUCUACCACGCGGUGCCUGUGGUGGGGCUGCCUCUGCUCUUCGACCAGUUUGACAACCUCCUCAGACUACAGGUCCGCGGAGCAGGGCGCGUGGUGGACGCCACCACCAUCACCGCGGCCAGCUUCAGGGAGGCCUUGGAGGACGUCAUGACGAACCCUGCGUACCGCGACAACAUGGCCGUCCUCUCCCGUCUCCACCGCGACCGCCUCGUGUCUCCGCUCGACACUGCCACCUUCUGGAUCGAGUUCGUCAUGCGCAACAAGGGUGCGGCCCACCUGCGCCCCCAGUCAUGGGACAUGCCCUGGUAUACUUACUACGGGGUGGACGUGAUGCUGCUGGUUGUGGGCUUGGCUUGUGUCACGGUGCUCGGCCCCGUCAUUGCCAUCAGGGUUUUAUGUAGGGCCGUGAUGAGGAGAAAGACAAAGGGGAAAGUGGAGUGAUGAUUAGGGAGUCUUGUGAUCAACAAGCUCAGUUAUUAUUUAUUACUUCAUUCACUAUUAUUGGUCCAUCACUGUUACUUGUCCUGUCUUGCACUUUGAUGUCAGUCUGUAAAUGUCAGUCCCGUGUAUGUCUAUAGAGAGAGAAACAUAAUUUCAAUGUCCUUGUAUGACCUGUGCAUAUGAAGAAACUGACAAUAAAAGCUGACGCGACUUGACUUGAAUUCACUUGUGAAACAACAAGCUAAUUCACUCCGAAAAUUCCAACAAAACAUUCUAUCAUAGGCUACAUGUUGAUAACAGCUAAGAAACUAAUCAUACAAUUCUGGAAGAAAAGUGAGACCCCUUCUGCUAAAACGUGGCUAGAUGACUUUUUCACUUAGAAAGGAUACGGUAUGUGUCAUCACAAACAGACUGAGCAAAUACAAGGAGAUUUGGUGGAGUGAUGAUUAGGGAGUCUUCAACAAGCUAAGUCACUCCCAGAAUUCCAUCUAAAAAUUCCAUCUAGGCUACAUGUGAAUAACAGCUAAGAAACAAAUCUUACAAUUCUUCUGGAAGAAAAGUGAGAGCCCCUCUGGUAAAAUGUGACUAGAUGAAAUGAUCCGACUUUUGCACCUAGAAAGGAUACAGUAUGUGUUAUCAAACAGACUGAAGAAAUACGAGUAGAUUUGGUAUCUCCUUCUGCAGCACAUUUAUUGAUUUUGUUGAAAUUUUGUUUCUAAUCCAUAUUAAUAUCUAAUUGCCUCAACACUCAACAGUGUAAUAGAUCAGGAAGUCCCAG